UUCAUUCAAAAUUCGAUAGAUAUGGUGGCAUUCAUUUUGAAACAAACAAUGAACAAAUUAAAUCAAUUGAUUCGAAUCGUUUAUCAACGAUAAUCGAUGAAUUGGUUAAUCGAAUCAAAUCACAACAACAAGAAGCAACGAAAAACAUACGUACAAUUUGGUUUCGAAUAACCAAUGACGAUAAUGUCCGUUUAAUUGAACCAUUAGUCAAGUUGGGCUUUGAUUUUCAUCAUACCAAAGAUAAUAAUGUUAUAAUGGUUAAAUCAUUGAUUGAUCAUCGUCGUAAUAAUAUUCCCAAAUAUGCAUACACUAAUAUCGGCGUAGGUGGUUUAGUUUUGAAUGAUAAAAAUCAAAUAUUACUUGUUAAAGAACAGGCAAAAAUAACCGAUUAUUGGAAAUUUCCCGGUGGUUAUGUUGAACAAGAUGAAGAAUUAUCGGAUGCUGUAAUACGUGAAGUAUAUGAAGAAACAGGUAUCAAUACCGAAUUUCGUUGCAUUUUAACGAUACGUCAUUUACAUCGUGUUGAUUGGGCAUUCAAUUGUUCGGAUUUAUAUUUUGUCUGCCAUUUACGUGCCAUUUCAAACCAUUCGCUUGAUGAUAAUCAAAAAAUCAAUAAAUGUCCCAAUGAAAUUGACCAAUGUGAAUGGAUCGAUAUCAACAAUAUUGAUGGAAAGCUUUCGAAAUUUAAUAUGUUUGUCAUUGAAAAAUAUAUCGAAUGGAACGAAAAUCAUAAUGAAAAUGAAAUAGGCUAUGAUCGUAUACGAACAAAUUUUCCACCACCAAUAAAUGAAUUCAAUGUAUAUUCAAUCAAACAAAAGAGGAAGAUGAAGAAAUAAUCGUAAUUCAUUGAAAAAUUG